CUUCACCUGUCAGCUAUCAGAUUUCCUCAAUUAUUUACUGUUGAGAGCUGUUGCGUGUGCUACAUAAAUUGUCUGUUAAUUCCUCUUUUUUUAUUAAAUAAUAACGCCUAUAUUGCCAGACAAAGAGGGCGUGGGUGCUUAAGUUAACUGAUUAGAUAGAAGGCACAAACAUAACAAAAAUGUUAGUCAUAAACACAAUACGAAACACAGCAAGAUUAUCGCUGCGUAAUGCUUACAUACGAAAUUGUUUGACCAACGAAAUUCGAGCAACAAAUUUCACGCGCACUUUCUCGCUGGGUCUGGCGUUGCGGCAACAAGAUGUUGUGAAUGUGACCUUUAUAAGAGCGAAUGGCGAGAAAAUUAAGUCUUCCGGGAAGGUCGGCGACUCGCUGCUGGACGUCGUCGUUAACAACAAUGUGGAUCUAGAUGGCUUUGGUGCCUGCGAGGGCACCUUGACCUGUUCUACAUGCCAUCUCAUAUUCAAAGUUCCUGACUAUGAUAAGCUGCCGGAAAAGCCAGGAGAUGAGGAAUUGGAUAUGUUGGAUUUGGCCUACGACCUUACGGAUACCUCACGCUUAGGUUGCCAAAUUACAUUGACCAAGGACAUGGACGGACUCGAGGUGACUGUCCCAGCCACAAUAAACGAUGCACGCGCAGCGUAAACGUGCCUAACUGUUCAAAUUUGUUACCUUCUUGAGUGCUAUUCGCUAUAGUUAACGUAAUUCAUAGUCGAUUAUUCAAACAAAAGUGUUGUGCGAAACAAAGGCUCAGGCGAUUUUUAUUUAGAAAGAUUUCUGCAUAAAUGAAUUUUUAUUUUAUGCUAUAUUCUGGCAAAAUGUAAACGAGAGAAUUGUAAAUAUUUAUGUGUUUGUAAAUAAAUAAGUAGAGUACAAUUGAGAUUUUCAUAAAAUAUGCCUAAACUUCUGUAUGCAUCUAUAGACGUCCAUGUACACAUGUACAUUCAGCAGUUUUACGAGUUCAGCAUUAUUUUGCAUCUAUUCAGCACAGCCCAUAAGCAAUAAGAACGGACACGUUGUUUUAAUAAAAGUAAACUUUUUAUUAUUUCGCAGCUAUCAGA